AUGACUACUUGCUACUACCUGGCUGCAACGCUCUGGCAACCCCGCCACCCCGCACCCAUCCUGCCCAGCAUACACAUACUACACACGCAUGCGAACAGCUUGCCUACAUACGACGCCCAGGCUGCGUCCCAGUACAUUGCAGAUUACAUUAUUGAACGCAUCAAUGCCUUCAACCCCACCCCCGAAAGACCCUUUGUCCUGGGUCUGCCCACCGGCAGCAGCCCCAUUCUCAUCUACAAACACCUGGUCCAACGCCACAAGGCAGGACAGGUCUCGUUUCGCAAUGUAGUCACGUUCAACAUGGAUGAGUAUGUUGGCAUUCCCCGCGACCAUCCAGAAAGCUAUCACAGCUUCAUGUACAAGCACUUCUUCUCCCACGUCGAUGUGAAACCAGACAACAUCAACAUCCUCAACGGAAAUGCCCCUGACCUCGAGGCCGAAUGCCAAAGCUACGAAGACAAGAUCAGCCGUGUCGGCGGCAUCGAGCUGUUCCUUGGCGGCAUUGGUCCCGAUGGCCACAUUGCCUUCAACGAACCAGGCUCCAGCCUCAAGUCUCGUACUCGUGUCAAGACGCUUGCCUAUGAGACCAUUCUUGCAAAUUCGAGGUUCUUUGGCAAUGACUUGGACCAAGUGCCCAAGAUGGCCUUGACGGUUGGCGUCCAAACCGUGCUUGAUGCCCGCGAGGUUGUCAUCAUCAUCACUGGUGCACACAAGGCUCCCGCCCUCCAGCGAUGCAUCGAGGGGGGUGUCAAUCACAUGUGGACUCUGUCCAGUCUGCAGAUGCAUCCGCAUCCUAUGAUUGUUGUCGACGAAGACGCCACCCUGGAACUUCAGGUAAAGACUGUCAAGUAUUUCAAGAGUAUCGAAAGGGUUGGCAAGGAGCUAGGGAUGCGCCAGAAGCUCCCCAGAAAGCGCGACUCGCUACUUGACGAGGGUACCCUGCUAGUCCCCGAGGCCCAACAAAACGGUAUCAGGUUGACUGUGCCGCAAUUCGAUCUCUCCCGUUCACCCAGUCCAGUGCUAGAACCCAUGAGCGCUCGCUUGUCAGACCAAGAAGCGAACGGCGCGAUACAUCCCAUGGACAUGGAUGAGAUUGCAGAUCAGCCCUCGGUCCGAAUGGGUGCUCGCGUCGUGGGCUAA